UGUUCUGGGGCAGGGGGGGGGGUAUUUUAGUGACAUCGUAAACCGUGAAAACAAAAUGAAGAUGAUGGAUUAUCUGAACCGUAGCCAGAGACUAAAUAACCAUUUGCAAUCACACCUCGGGACAAUUUAGCACGUUCCACGAACCUGCCGCGCGUGUUUUUGGAGUGUGCGAGGACAGCGGAGUGCAAACUCUGCACGGAUGGUCCGCAGGCCAGAAUGGAACCCUGCCUGCACCCCUGCUCGGUGAGGCUCACCGGUGGAGUGGAAAUGUGACGAAUGUGACAUCUAAAAUGGGCACGGAGGAAUUGAUUCCAGUAAAAACUCUUGUCCAUGUCGCACGGACUUGACAUUUGUCAUCAGCGACGCGUGACUAUGGGAGCAUGGCCCACGUUCCCAUUCGAGUACGUGCCUAUGAAGAGAAAGGAAGAAAAAAAAAACGAUCUGUGGCCAGCUGAUGAAUAGGAUUGCUUUAUGUUUCACGUCAGGCAUGAUCCACACUCCAGGCCGCCCGCAGCAAACCUUUCGACUGUACUCAGGGUUCCGAACACGGGAGACGCGUUGACACGUGUUGUGUGCGGCCAUUACCACUAGAUGGCGAGGAUUGCCAGGGGCAAUCGAGUUUAGUGAGCGGAGGUGAGGUCGAAGUUGCAGAGGAAACGAAAACCUUCGGACGGAUUUGGCGUGUUCCAGUACUACGCUUAGAGUGCCAAAGACUCCAGCCAGCACAUUCACUCAAUCUUCGGGCGCUCCUUGACUGGUCUCGGUGCACGUUGGAGCCACUCAGGAUAGCUUAGCUUGCUCGCCGCUGACGUCGAGUGCGCAUUGUGGCUGUCUCGUAAAAAUGUGUGACAGAAGUGUGAGAGAAGGCGACUGCCGAAAGGAAAUCUGUGGGGCGAGCGACGGACAACGUUCACGACUGGACCGGACGCAGUUUUCGAGCGGCCACCAGCUGCAGUGGUGUUCCGCCACCGAGCAGGUGCGGUCACUUCCUCUCCUUUGGGUGCGCGAGCGUCUUGGGAAGCAACGAGGUGGAUUCGUCGGGUCAUUCGGGUUUACCCCGGGAAAAGACUAGACGAGACCCAGGUCUCGUUUCAUGGUGGGUGAACUGGCCAAGCGGUCGCAAAUCUAUCGCACGUCUUAUCUGCUUUCUUGUGUCCCGCAGGGGUGAGUGAAGACCUUGAUCCCAAGCACCGGGAACCACGGUGGCCCCACCGUCACGAGGAGGAAGACCUCCCCUUCGUUGAAGUGGAAGUGCAGCCAGAGCGCCCUGCCAUUAAAGAGGAAGACGAGGAGGAGUUCCUUCACAAUGUCGGAGUGGAGGAGCCCGAGUACGCCCGCAUUCAAGAGGAAAAGCGGGACGCUCUCAACAUGUUGCCGUUGACCUUCAUCCCCUUGGAGAGCCAAGAAGAUGAAGACCAAGUUGGAGGUGCGGAGAGCGGAGGGGCAGAGCCUCCACGCAGCAGCUCGAGUCAAUACGUGACAGAAGAAGGUGACGGAGGAUCCCAAUCGGAUGGCUUCUUAGCGCCGCUCUCUGAUAGUCACGACCCCACGUCACACUCAUGCGACACUGACAACGAACAGUCCGAAGGCGAUGUGACGUGUGACUCGCACGACACACGCGUGAAACGUUCUCUCUGCGGAAAAAUACUUCGUCACAAGGGGAGUUUGAAGACACACGUGAGAAGGCACACUGGGGAAAAACUUUUUACCUGCUCAGUUUGUGGCAAAAGAUUUGCUUCCAAGAGAGACUUAAACACACACACGAGAACACACACGGGUGAGAAACCUUAUCCCUGCUCCGUUUGCCAUCAACGAUUCUCCCAGCGGGGAAACUUAAGGAAGCACGCCAGGACGCACACGGGGGAGAAACCUUUUGCCUGUUCGGUUUGUGAGAAGAGCUUUGCCUUGAAGAAAAAUUUAACCGCACACACGAGAACGCACACUGGCGAGAGACCGUUUGCCUGCUUGCUUUGUGAGAAAAGAUUCACGCUGAAGAAAAAUUUGACAACGCACAUGAAAAGGCACAUCGGAGAGAAAGAUUUUGCCUGCUCAGUUUGUGAGAAACAAUUCACUUUAAAAACAGAGUUAACAAGACACACACGGACGCACACCGGAGAGAAACCUUUUGCCUGCUCCGUUUGUAAUGAAAGAUUCACUGUCAAGACAAAUUUGGCCACGCAUACAAAGACGCACAGUGGGGAAAAGCCUUUUGCCUGCUCAGUCUGUCGUCAAAGAUUCCCUUUGAACGGAGAUUUCAUCGCACAUACAGUCAUUCACUCUGAAGAGAAACCUUUUGCCUGCCCGGUUUGUGGUCGAAGGUUUGCGCUGAAGGCCAAUCUAACAGCUCACCAAAGAACGCACACUGGGGAGAAACCUUUUGCCUGCCCAGUUUGUGAUCAGAGAUUCUCCAUGAAGGCAAAUUUAAAAAGACACACAAGAACACACACAGGGGAGAAACCCUUCAGUUGCAGCGUGUGCCAUAAAAGAUUCUCGAGUAAGCACCAUGUGAAGAGGCACAAGUGCGUUGCCGACAAGAGUUGAUCUUAACAAAUUUUUUGCGACACAUUAAUCUGUGCAAGUGUGUGUGUGAUCGAGAGACA